UUGCAUCUAAAUUGUCGUUUUCAUGGACAUUUCCACGAGAGGCAGGUGGGUUUAUGUGUGUAUGUAAGCCCUCCCAUUUGUUUAAUUUCCUAUAAGCUUUGAAGUACCAGAAGAGGUUCUUCAUCACUCAAGCCCUUAAAAUAGAGCCAAACCAGACUUUGUUAACUCACAAAGUAAUUGCCAGAGCAGCCUCAACUACCCAUCAAAUCUCUAUCUCUCUCUGUGUGUUUGUGUGUGGUGGGGAGGGGGUGAGAUGAGGAAACAGAGCAUAGAAGCUCCACUUUUGGGCAGUGGUGGAAAUUCCAAGAGAAGGAGAUGGAGCAGAGUUUUGGGUCUCCUCCUCUCACUCAUAGCCAUAAUAUUUGUUUGCCUUACACUAGGAGGAAACCUAAGUGUGUGGGUGGUAAGAGAUGAAAACAAGCACAAUGGCUGUGUGCAAUUUGAAAAUAAAGAAAUUGUUGAGUCAGACCAAGCAGUUGUUGCUUCUGAUGACGGUCGAUGCUCGGAAAUUGGUGUAUCAAUGCUUCGACAAGGUGGUCAUGCUGUUGACGCUGCUGUGGCAACCACCCUCUGCCUUGGUGUAGUCAAUCCAGCCGGUAGUGGAGUAGGAGGUGGAUCUUUCAUGAUUGUUCGGUCUUCACCAGAAUCAAAUACCCAAGCUUUUGACAUGAGGGAAACAGCUCCCUCAGCUGCUUCACAGAACAUGUAUGAGAACAAUCCCGAUGCUAAGUAUGAAGGACCACUGGCAAUUGGCAUUCCCGGUGAGCUAGCUGGCCUUCAUGAAGCAUGGUCAAAACAUGGACGUUUGCCCUGGAGGACUUUAUUCCAACCAGCCAUUAAACUUGCUAAAGAGGGGUUUGUGGUUUAUCCUUAUCUCGAAUCAUCCAUUUCUAGUAGUGCGAACAAAAUAAUGGCUGACCCGGGCUUACAGCUAGUAUAUGCACCAAAUGGGAAAUUGUUACAAGCCGGGGAUACAUGCUACAAUGCGGAACUUGGCCGCAGUUUGGAGGCAGUAGCAGAACAAGGGAUACAAGCCUUCUAUAAUGGAACAAUUGGGGAAAAUCUAGUAAAGGAUGUGAAAGAGGCUGGUGGAAUUUUGACAAUGGAAGAUUUGAGGAAUUACAAAGUGGAUGUUAUGGAUGCAAUGUCCGUGAACGUAAUGGGCUACACUAUCUUAGGCAUGCCACCUCCAUCCAGUGGAACAGUCGGAAUAUCUCUGGUUCUAAACAUCUUGAAUAGCUAUGGGAGUCCCAAUGCUGCAAAGGGACCUCUGGGGUUACAUCGCCUGAUUGAGGCAUUAAAAUUUAUGUUUGCUGUCCGGAUGAACCUGGGUGAUCCCAACUUCGUGAAUAUCAGUAAGACUAUCUCUGACAUGCUUUCCCCUUCUUUUGCCAAGAAACUUCAACAAAAAAUAUUCGACAACACGACUUUCCCUUCUGAAUACUAUAUGCACAGGUGGAGCCAGCUUAGAGAUCAUGGAACCAGCCAUUUGUGUGUUGUGGAUGCAAAUCGAAAUGCAGUGUCACUGACAACCACUAUAAACUAUGGUUUUGGAGCUGGGUUGCUCUCUCCUUCCACUGGUAUUGUGCUCAACAAUGAAAUGGACGACUUCUCGACACCAACAGAAAUAUCUCCCGAUAAACUCCCUCCUGCACCAGCCAAUUUUAUCAGACCAAACAAGAGACCCUUAUCUUCCAUGACACCUAUCAUUGUUCUCAAGGAUAAUGAAUUGGUCGGGGUCGUUGGAGGUAGUGGUGGUCUAUACAUAAUUCCAGCUGUGAUACAGGUUUUUCUAAACCAUUUUGUCUUGGGAAUGGAACCUCUAGCGGCAGUUCAGAGUGCAAGAGUCUACCACAAGCUAAUACCAAAUGUGGUUUUAUAUGAAAACUGGACGGUCAUCGAUGGUGAGCACAUAGAACUCUCGGACGAGAAAAAGCAGUUCUUGGAAGAGAGAGGUCAUCAACUUCAGGCUAAAGCAGGAGGAGCUGUCUGCCAGUUUGUUGUUCAAAACAUUAACAACCCGAUUGAAAUGGGCCGUAAAAACCGAAAAGUGCCUGUAGACCAAGUAUUCAGAGGAACACUUACUGGUGUUAGUGAUCCUAGGAAAGAUGGGAGGCCUGCUGCUAUCUGAUACUGAUAGUCCCUGUUGAGAGUAUUAUUAUGUAAUUACUAUUUAAUAUUGUUGAAAUAAGUAUACCACUUAGAGGGUAUACUUGUUCUUUGUAUGUUUACAGAUAACUAUAAAUACAAUUUGUUAGUGAGAGGUAGCCGGCACUUUCUUGCUUCUGGAUUAUAAAAUUAGGCAGUUUUAUGUAUAUAACAACAACAGUAGGGGCUGGUCCUGAAUAAGUCUUGUUUUACCAUUAAACCAUAUGCUUUGAUGAUUUCCAGUUGUGCUGAAACAACUUCUACACCGUAAUAGAAAUAAC